AUGUUGCUUGACCUAACCAUCAUUCCUUUUGCUGGACCAGCGAUGGCACUUCAAUGCACUAUUCUGCUGCUCAUAAGUGUCUUCUUCUCCAAAGCACUGGCACUCAGAUGCUUUGUAUGCAUACCGGAUUUGUCAACUGGAACGUGCACUCAAAGUUUCAUUACCUGUCAGUCUCCGUGUAACUCCAUGACCACAACUGUAUACGUAGGUGUCCUUGAUCAAAGUCAGAGCCAGAAGAUUUGUGGAGAUCCCUCUUCGUGUGUCACUGGGAGCAUAAAUUAUGGACUAAGCAGAGUGACCCUUAACUCUCAAUGCUGUAGUACAGAUCUCUGCAACUAUAACAAUGCACCAGUGUUGCCACGGCGACCCCCUAAUGGGAGGAUUUGUUUCACCUGUGAUGACACUGGCUGCUCAAAGAUGUUGCCCUGUGAAGGUGAAGAGACCCAAUGCUUCACUGUAAGAGUUGACAGGAAUGGCAAGAAGGAGAUUCAGAAAGGAUGUUCAAGUCAGCUCUUCUGUGGGAGCUCUGCAGCCCAUGCUAAUGUAUCACGGUUAUUGGGGAGUAAUGACAUGAAAUGUUGUGAGGGAAACUUGUGUAACAGCAGCGGCGCCAAGAGCAUACAAGGUUUCUUUUUUUCGCUCAUACCUCUAAUCUUCCUACUUUUCAUCUAAGAUGUAUCAAGUGGACAUUGACUCAAUUAAGGGGUCUUGGAGAGUGCGCAAGUGUCCCUGAGGUGUGGUCGACAACAACUUAUAUAUCUUCGUUGGUAAUUUUUUAUUUGUCAUACCAUUAUUAAGUUACACUGAACAGAGAACAUGAUGUGGUACUGAGUGAUGACUGCAAACCACCUUGAAGACCAGCCAGGUUGUGAGCCUCUAUAUUUUAAAUUGCUGUAACUGGAUAAGCUGUCCCUGUUUCCCUAUAAAAUAAU